UGAUAUGCCUAACUUGUCAAUUAGAAACUAAAUUUUCAAUAAAUUCGCAUAAUUAAAUAACACAUCGGGCAAUCCACCUACCUUGUCUAAAUAGGUUGAGAGUAGCAUGUGAGUCAACAAUACAAAUUAAUUAACGUGAUCGGUACUAUCGAUUUGGUUUGAUUUGAUUAAACCAAAAAUCGAUAAGUUCCUAACGAUUUUGAUUUGGGUGGAUAAACAAUUAGUUCCAAUCAAACAAGUAGCGUACCACCUAAAAUCAGGAGGGUGGGCCGGCCGGGUCAACAAUUCUAACAUGCAGUUGCAGGCAAAGUUAAAAGAGAAAGCGGAGAGAGAAGAACCAAACCUGGAGGGAUGGGGAGAGAGAAAGCCUUUACUCAACUUCCCUGGGCCAUCCAUCCAUCCAUCCAACGGUUGAUAUCUUGCCAGAUGUAAGCGGGUACUGCCAGAAAAAAGUGAGUCAUCAAAACUAUCUCUUUACCCACUUUUUCACAUUGAGAACUGGGCCCAUUGGCCGGCCCACCAAAAACCUUCAUCGUAUUCGUCCGGACAGGCGGUGAUCUGCUGCUGCCCCUGCACAGAGAGAGAUGCCAACCGAAAACCUUCCCUGGCCCAGAAGGCCGGCCCACAUCCCAGCAAUUUGCGCCAUCAGCCGAAAUUAGAUUAGUUUGACCAAUCAUUAACCAGAGGCGUGGUUACUUUAGUUUGACCGGAUCACAUGCAUCAACCAUUGACCUAUUUAUUGGAUUACUGAUUGGGCUCGAGAGCAGAAGGCCCAUUUGAAAAAGAACACCUAAACCGUCACCGUAAUAGGAAAACCGGAGAAACUUGCACACCGAUUCCCAGCAACUAGUCAAAGUUGUUCGCUGCAACUUCUUUCCCCUUUCCUUCUUCCUUCCAACUUGGUCUCAUCCCAAAUUCCAAGCAGCCAUUACUCUUCAAAAAAGAAACACUAGCUAGCUUGCUGAAAUCAUGAACCAAAUCCUGCACCAUCUUCCUCGAGCGAACCCCGAAAGAUUCAGCUCUCUUAGUUCGUUGUUGCAGCAGCCUUUCAUCCUUUUGACACUUGCGUAUACCCUUCCCGCGAAGACUUAACAUUGAAUCAUCGGUCGAUUUUGAGCAGCGAGGAAAUGAAAUCCGUCCUCACUUCUUCAUCGGCGUCGCCGUCUCCUUUUCCAGCUGGGGAGUACGAGGUUUUCCUGAGCUUCAGGGGCCCCGACGUCCGCAAUACCUUCGCCGAUCAUCUCUACACCUCGCUAUCGCGUGCCAAAAUCCGCACGUUCAGGGACGAGGAAGAGCUGCGCAAGGGGGAAGGGAUUGCGCCUUCCCUAGUCCGGGCCAUCCCCGAAUCCAAGAUCUACAUCCCUGUUCUAACCCAACGGUACGCUUCCAGCAAAUGGUGCCUUCAAGAAUUGGCUCAAAUGGUGGAGUGCUGGAAGGGAAACAAGGGACACCUCAUCCUCCCCGUUUUCUACUUCGUUGACCCUAGAGAUGUGAGGCAUCAACAGGGUCCUUACCAGCAGGCCUUUGAACAACAUGCACAAAAACAUAGCCCUGAAACUGUCAAGGAAUGGAGAGAAGCCCUUCAGGAGGUUGGGCAGAUGAAAGGAUGGCACGUCACUGAAUCCGACAGUCAGGGAGGCAUAAUAGAGCAAAUCCUUUCUGAAGUCGAGUUUCAUUUGAGGAGCAUUUACACAUUAGUAACUGAUGAGUUGGUGGGAAUCGAUAGUCACGUGGAAGGAGUGAUGACAUUACUGAAUUUAGCCUCCUCUGAAGUGAAAGUCGUUGGCAUUCACGGCAUGGGUGGUUUAGGUAAAACCACUAUAGCCAAGGCUGUCUAUAACAAGAUUUUCACUCAAUUUGAUCGUUGUUGUUUCUUGGAAGAUGUACGGGAAACAUUGACAAAGAGUGAAGGGGCUUUGUCUUUGCAAAAUAAGCUUAUCUCUAGCAUUUUGAGGAAGGGUAGUUAUCAAGUUAACAAUGUCAGUGAAGGAAUCAAUAUGAUAAAGGAGAGAGUUUGCAAACACAAGGUGCUUGUUGUUAUUGAUGACAUAGACGACAAGUUUAAAUUUGAUAAGAUACUAGGGAACUUGAGUGAUUUUUCUUUAGAUAGUAGGUUUAUGUUUACAACAAGAUAUAAAAGAACUUUAGAUUAUUUUCAAGAAUGUAAAUUGUAUGAACCAGGAGAAAUGAGUCGUCCUCUUUCUCUGCAACUUUUUAGCAAACAUGCUUUUGGGAUGGACAUUCCUCCAAAGGAAGAUGCCUCUAUAUCUGAGGAAUUCGUAAAAGUCGCUGCUGGACUUCCAUUAGCUCUCGAGGUGAUAGGGUCACUUCUGUUUCGUAGAGGAAGGAAAUUCUGGGAAGAAAAGUUGAGGGAGUUACAAGGGAUACCUUCUACUACCGAGAAUAAGGUGCAAGAGAGAUUGAAGAUUAGCUACAACGAGUUGACGCGCAAUGAAAAGGAAAUCUUCCUUGAUAUUGCAUGUUUUUUUAUCGGUAGUCACCAAAAUUUACCUUACUACAUGUGGAGUGGUUGCGAUUUUUAUCCAGAAAGUGGGAUCGACACUCUUAUUCAGAGAUCCUUGAUAAAACUGGACGUGGGAAAUCAUUUUUGGAUGCACGAUCACAUCAAAGAUCUUGGAAGGGCCAUUGUUAAAGAGGAAGAUAUUCAACAUCCAUACAACCGUAGCAGGAUAUGGUCUACUGAUGAUGCUCUCGACUUGUUUAGAAAUGGAAAGGGAAGUGAACGGGUGGAAGCUCUUAGGGUGAAUUUGAAUUCUAGAGAUGCUCAUGAAAAGCUGCUUAAGAGCAAGCAAUUUAAGAACUUAUCAGGUUUAAGGUAUCUGGAGGUGCGAUAUGGAAACUUGAUGGGGGAUUUCAGCCAGGUUCUUCCAAAUCUACGUUGCCUUCGACUGCCACAUUGUAAAUCAAUCCCAACUGAUAUUUACACAACGAAAUUGACCGUUCUUGAUUUGGAGCAGUGCGAUGUAAAAGAUGACUGGUGGGGCUGGGAUCGAAUAAAGGCCGCAGCAAAGCUGAAAGCUGUAAAUUUAACCAGGUGCGUCGAGCUGAGAAGGGCUCCUGACCUGUCCACCUGCGCAGGUAUGGAGUUGAUAAACUUUGAGGAAUGUGGUAGGAUGGAAGGACAAUUGCACAUUGCCAAUUUCAAGAAUCUGAACACGCUGAGGCUCCCUUGGACCAAGAUAACAGGCUUAAUCAUCACGGGUAAUGACAUUGGAAGGCUUCAACGACUGGAGGAGAUGGACUUGAGGUUUACUCCUAUGACAGAAUUGCCCGCCGGGAUGGACAAGUUAUCCUCUCUCCAGAGCCUGCUGCUCGAAUCACGACACCAGGGGUACCAAUUAGAAAUACCCAGACUCCCGAGGAGCUUAAAGAGGUUAGCCAUUGCAUCUUCCAACGGGGUCCCAAAUUUGCUGGAGCUGAUGGCAUUGGAGUCCCUAAGCUACCUCAACGGCAGUAUUCCUUCGAUCCCUAGCCGCUUGCAGUUUGUGCUCAGCUUUGAAGAAUCUAAACUGAUUCAUGAGAAGUAUUCCGGGCCCUUGAGUGAACUCCCCAGCUUAGCGAAUCUGCGCAACCUGACCCAACUCACGCUCAUGCAUAUCGGGGUGGUCGAGAUUCGUGGCAUCGGGGAGCUGAGGGCAUUGGAGUCCAUGGAGAUAUCCGAUUCCCCGAAUCUGAACAAUCUCAACGGACUUGAGAAUCUGCUCCUCCUCACAACCCUGUCUGUGGGGAGCUGUGCUGCACUGGAGAGGCUGCCGAGUCUAGCAAAUUUGAUGAAGUUGAAGGAUUUGGAGGUUUACCAGUGCCCGGUUCUCGUAGAAAUCAAAUGCCUGGGUGACCUCGGGAAGUCUUUAUCUCGUCUGACAAUUAAGGAUUGUCCCAGCUUGGCAGACUUGCAGGGAAUACUUCAACUUCUGGGAGGAUUGGAUGAUCUGACUCUUGAGGAGCAAUCGUUUGGUGAAAAACCAUCUCUUGACCUGUCUGGUCUCAUCAAUCUGAAACGGUUGAGCAUUUUGUACUGUCCGUACUGGACUGAGGUGACAGGGCUGGAGAGAUUGGUAUCGCUGGAGUCCCUGACCAUGAGGAGUUGCAGUUCAAUUCGACAGCUGCCGGAUCUGUCUAACCUCAGGAAUCUCAACACAUUAGACCUGACAGAUUGUCAAAGCUUGACGAAUCUCCCCACAGGGAUUGGCAGAUUGGAGUCAUUGCGCCAGCUACGAGUUCGUGAUUGCUGGUCGAUUACGGAGCUGCCAGACUUAUCUGGCCUCAAGAAUUUGGAAGAAUUGAACCUUAGCUACUGCACAAGGUUGACUGAGGUCAGAGGAAUCGAGGGUUUGGAAUCGUUAACAAGGCUGAUACUGUAUGAUUGCAUGUCAAUAGAGGAGUUGGGAAAUGUCUCUGGUCUCAAGAAAUUGAGGGAGUUGGAUAUUGACGGAUGCAAAAGAUUGACCAAGGUUAAGGGACUCGAGGAGCUGGAUGGGCUGCGGGUCGUAGACAUGGGGAUAAGGAUGAGCUUGAAGUUAUUGGUGAAGCUGGCUGCUCGAUACGGCAAGGAACUAGCUUCUCGGUUCGUUGUGGGGUUCACAGGAGCUGCUGAUGGCUCUACUUCCAGCUCAGGUAGCCAGUUCGUGGAGCGCGAGCUAGAGCAAGAACGGGAAGAAGAGCGAGAGCGAAAGUGGGAGCGUAAGAAUGUCUAUUAUCCAUCGAGAUAUUGGUAGCGUGGAAAGAGCGUUAAUACUUUUUCUUUGAACAUAAUAUUAAGGGUUCAUAAUCCAGCAUGACAACAAAAGAUGAGGCUGCAGUGAAUCUUGGCCAGACCCAGUACUUUCUUCUUGCUUAGGGUUCCUUCGCAAAGUCAAGAAUUCAGCGACGAAAAGGAUGAAUCAAGAGGUAGUGGGAAUCAAUUCCAGGUCUUGAACUACGGGGUGACAUUUGUAUCGAAAGGACAGGGGGGUUUGUUGAGGGAAUUGACUAGGGUGUUGAAGAGUUAUAACGCGUUUUUCGGUUCAAGAAGUGAGGGAGAACGACAUUGAUGAAAUGUGGCGGGGAGACUACGCCGGAUGAGUUUGGGAAAGAAGGGAAGAAGGAGUUGAUGAAGGAGAACUAUGCGGCUUAUUGGACCGUUCUGGCUUCCAAUGUGGAGGACUUAGCAGCUUGCUUGUUAGAGGAUGAUUGGGGCGGGAUCAAGGCAUCAGAUCAAGGGGAUUCUGUGGUGUGGAAUGUGACCUCGGAUAGAUUGAAAUGGGGUAAUGAUUUCUUGAAGAAGAGGUUGAAGAAAGGUGACAGUGUGGAUGCCAGUCCAGCUACUCUGAGAAGGAGCAGAAGGUGUGAAAUUGAGAAUGAUUUAAGUUCUUUUUCAAGCUAUCUGCUUUGGUUUAUCAUUAACAUUUGUUUCAUUUCACUUUGCUGGUUUACUUAACGGAUGGCUGAUAGAUAAUUCAUUGGGGGAGGUUUUAAGUCUGACACUUUUAACUGGUUCGUUAGACUUUGUGAGGGACAAAGUUUGAACUUAAAUGGUGAAGUUGAAAUGGGUAAUCGUGGAUUCCAAGUUUUCUAUAUUUAGAUGGGUGGACUGCUUUUCCCCGCUUAAUGUGAACUCUUGGAAUCAAGUUUGACAUUGUAUGACUCCUUUCCUGUGACGAUUUAGUUUUCUCUCCAAUGUUUGCAGCAGAUCAUAGCAAGGCAAAUCGAGUACAACUGACAAUAUGUCUUGUGGCAUUUGCAGGGUUAAGAGGUUGACGAGAAGUUCUGAAAAAGUGGCUCUUGGGAUCCUAUCUGGGGUAGUCAAAAGUUUCUUUCUUCUGUACAAGUCCUACUGUGAACUCUAAAGCAGUGGAGAAGUUUUGCAGCCUGUUGCCUGCAGAAAUCGUCCUUGCUUCCCUGGAUGGAUUUAGUAAGUUCAAUUUGUUUACAAUUGCUGUGGUUAGCAGUUCUGAACUAUUUCAUACCGUCGAUGAAUCGACGAAUCUUGAACAUUUUAUCGAUUCGGUUUGUUGACAACACUGGUCUAGGGUUAGGAAAUUAAUACAGAGGAUCCAAUCAUAUGUAUGGAUAGGAAUGACCACUAAAGAAAGAUGGUAAGAAUCACUAUGGAGAGUAGAGGGAAAAGAUGACCAAAAUUAUUAUUAUACAUGAUCCAACAAUUUGGUGCCAAAAAUGAUAAAGAUGAUUUGAUUCUCUUUGACUUGGGUUGCAGUGGUUACAAUAUCUAUCAUUGUGGCCCAUAUUCCUUUUCCCUAUAUAUAUAAUUUUCCAUGGACAAUCAUUUCCCUUUUAAUCAAAUCUCUACCCCCACCAACCAUAUAAUCACUCUUCCUUCAUGUCUUUUUGUGACUAGAUAUGUGAAAGGACACCUAAAAUUUUGUUAAUAUAAUGGUCUUCUUGCCUCAUAAUAUGUCGUUGUGCAAUUGCAUCCAUCUUUUAGUAUUAUCUAAAGACGAUUGAUGUUGUGAUAUCGGUAUUUUCUUCGUUGUGAAAAUCGAAAAAUUAAUAACUGAGAAAUUC